CUGAGUCACGAAAGAUGCAGAAUGCAGUCAUGAGUUUAGAAUUCCACAACAAACCACAUACAUGACAAUAGCAAGCACUUUCCUUGUCUCCAACGUCAAAGCAACAAUAGAUAGAUCAUCAUGUCAUCUGAAGAGCAGGAGAAGAGUGAUACUAGCCCAAUCCCUGCUGAUGGCGGUUCGAAGGAAGCAGUAGAUAAGAAUGAUGCUUCGCUGGAUGAGUUUUUGUCCUUUAUUCAGGACGACUCGGCCAUUGCCUCCUUUCUCUUUGCUCCGCCGUCCGGAAGUGGCAAGAAUCAGCAAAAGGACUCUUCCCAGCAUCGAUCUCUGCUGUUAAAGACCUGUCAAUCCUUGUUUCAGACGGUGGAGAGCCUGUCACAAACUCUUGAAAGUCAAGUCGAAGCAACAGCAGGUGACAAAGCUACCACCACUAGUCUAUCAGGUCUGGAAGAGCUGUACCUGGGAACAACGACAACCUCCGAAACAGAGGAGGAAGAUCCAGAAGAAGCGGUGGAUGGUGAGACCAUUUGGGGUCAAAUUGAGUUGCAAAAUGAAGCAUUGCAGGGGAUUCUCAAAAAAUCAGUCAAAAAGUUGGGAAAACUAGCCCAAGAGCAAAAAGAAACCAAUGCUACCAAUAAUAGCAAUAAGAUCCAACUACUGGAUUUGCAAAGUGCUGUCUUUGAGGGUGACGAAGAGAAAGAUGAUGACGAUGAUGAUAGUGAUAGUGAAGAAGGUAGCAGCAGUGGCGAAGAAGAAACAGGGGAGGAUGAAGACUCCGUGACCAGAAGAAUGAAGGAACGAAUGAGACGUGCAAUGGAAGAUCAAGAAGACAAUGGCAUGGACGACGCUGACAGUAUGGAUGGCGAAGAAGAUGAGCAAGAAGAUGACGAGGAAGAUGAGUACGAAGACACUCGUUUCUUUGGGGUCAAAAAGAAGGAUAAGAAGCCCGACAAGGGCAAGAAGGCAAAUGCCAUUCAAUCUACCGUGAAGGACGAGAUGGACGAAGAUCUCGUCGAUCCAGCAGCGGAAGAACUCAACAAUGGAUUCUUUGAUAUUAAUGAAAUGGAAGCCUUUGCGGACGAAGAAGAAGACAUGUUGCCCGAACAGGUGUGGGAUCCCACUCCUCCCGACAAAGAUGACGAUGACGACAAGAACAAGACCAAAAAAUCGUUUCAUCAACGACAACGAGAAGGAAUGGAUAGUGACAAUGAUGAUGAUGACGACGGUGACAGUGACGAAGAAGACAACGAGUUGAUGCUCACUGCGAAUGUCAAGCGCAAGAAAUAUCGCGAGGAUGAUGAAAUUGAAGCCCUCUAUGGCAUGUACAAGGCUACCAACGAGGAUGAGGAAGAGGGCGAACUCGCGGAUGCGGUCAACAUGACUGCCGCGGAUCUCUUCGGGGCGCCCAACAAAAAGUACUUUCACAAAUGGAAGGGUCAACAAGAGCAUCAAAAGCAACCACGAAAAGUAGAGAAAGCGGAUGAUGAUUCCUGGGAUGCCUACGACUUUGACAAGGAAAAGGCUGAUUGGGGAGUCGAUGCCGAAAAUGCAGCCAAAAAGCAAGAGUCCGAGAAGGAUGAUUCGGAUUCCGACGAUAGUAGUGGCAGCAGCACCGAAGAGGAGGACAGCGAUGACUCGGAAGAUCAGGACAAAAAGCCAAAAGCAAAGAAGCAAUCUACUGCUGCUAGUCUUGUGGAAGAAAAGAAGGCAAAGUCGAAAUUCAAGCAACAACAAGAGAAACUCAGAGCAGAAACAGAGCGCCUAGAGCAAGAACUCAUCAAGGAGAAGCCCUGGCAAAUGAUGGGAGAAGCAAGUUCUUCCGCCCGACCCGUCAACUCGCUUCUUGAGGGAACACCCGAGUUUAAGGCUGCGUCCAAGGUGGCGCCAGUCAUUACCGAAGAGCAUACAGCCAACUUGGAAGACGUCAUCAAACAACGAAUCAUGGCUGAAGACUGGGACGACAUCAUACCCAGAGAGCUACCUGAUGUGGCCUGGAACAAGAAACGAGGAGAAUUGCCAGAAGUCAGCCAAGAAAAGGCCAAGUUGGGUCUUGGGGAAUUGUAUGAGAGAGAAUACUUGAAAAAGGCGGUAGGAUACGAUGCAGAUGCUGCCGAAAAGGAAUCCGAAGAGGAAAAGGCAAAGAACGAAAUGAAACAGCUCUUCGCCAACAUUUGCAGCAAGCUGGAUGCUCUGUCCAACUAUAACUUUGCUCCCAGACCGGUUGCCGAUGAAGCCGAGGUCAGGGCGGCAACGACGCCCGCCAUUGCAAUGGAAGAAGUAUUGCCGCUGCACGUUAGUGACGCACGAGGAGCUGCUCCCGAGGAGGUUUACGGGAAGAAGCGUGGGCGAGACGGCAUUUUGCGAAGUGACGCAGAAUUGGAACAAUCCGAGCGCAAACGUAUUCGAGCCGGGAAGAAGGCUGCACGACGCAAAGCCAGGAAACAGAAGGAGACUGACAACAAGCUUAUUGCACGGGUCGAACCAGGACUCGGACUCAACAACCCGUACGAGAAGCGCAAAGCACAGCAAGAAAUGUCCGUGGCGCGUGCAGAAGGACGGAUUUCACAAGGCCAAGCAGACGCCAACACUGGAUAUGGCUCCAGCAACAAGUUCUUUAGGAAACUGCAAGAUGACGUAUCCAAGAAUUUGCGAGAUGAGCAGAAGAGCGAUACGGACCCGAAAGAAACAAAGCGUAGCCGAAAAUCCAGUUCCUUCAAGCUGUGAUAAAGGUUUCUGUUUUCGAACGGCUGUUGCGCUGUCCUUUGUGCAUAGAACGACGUUGUUGUUUGGGCUGCUGGCACUUCGUUACCACCAGGGUCCAUCUUUCAGUGCCGACAGGCAUGAACGAACUAAUGGGAAUAGCAAAAGUUACUUUAAUAGCACUGCAUCGAGAGCCGUG